CAGAGCAACACACUGGCAGAGAGGACAGUAAAAUACAGAGAAAUGGAGUGUUGAAUCCUCAGGUCAAAGGUCAAAAUGUGUGGGUCACGUGGUUGAAACUAGGAAACAGAGAAGUGGUUUCAAUCCUGUCACUUCCUUCAUCUGGACAGUGUAGCAGGACAAGCUUAUAAGACUUCAGUAAACUGCCUUAUCAAUGAUGAUAAGAAUCCCAGCGAACAGUGGGGUCGCCAAAGUUCAGGACUGUCAAAAUGGAAUCUCAAUGGAUCUUUUCCUGCACCUGUCGCUCAUACCAGCACUGGUGAUCACAGGGGUGCUGUCGUUCCUCCAGAAGAGAGCCAAGAGACUCGCCAUCGACGACAGACUGCCCUUCCUGGGCGGACGUUUUGCCAUUGUGGUUCCUUUGGAUACGAUAGGCAGCCUCAGUAAUCGUUGGUCCUAUGGGUUUGCAUUUGGUGCCGUGUCCUCCAGCGUCCUGCUGCUCUUCUCUGAAAAUUACGUCCCCUUCACUGUCCCGCCCUGGGCCAGAGCUAUAUUGUAUUUGGUUGGAGCGUUAGAGGUGGGCCUGGUCUAUCUCCCUUUCUUUGCCUGUCUGUCCACACCUUUCAGAGCAGCUGGGGCAGUGCUGGGAAUAUUCUACUCUCUGGCCUGGAUCAUUGUUACAGUCUGGGAUACAUUCACCUGUCCCAAUGGUAAGAUUCUGGGUAAAUACCAAAAGGUGAUUGUGCAAUGGCCCUGCAUCCUCUCCCUCAUCUUCCUCAUGGGGCGAUUUAUCUACAUUCUGGUAAAAGCUAUUCGAAUUCAUCUGCAAUUGGAAGAAGAGGACCCUGAGGAGCUGACUGAGCACCACCAGGUGCAGCAUGUACUGAGACUGCUGAGGAAAACACCUGCACAGAGUAAGCCCCUCAGCUGGUUUCAGAGAAGAGUGUAUGAGUGGGAUCCCCACUUCAAGUUUCCCAACAGGAUCAUUGGCACCGUCAUUAUAUCCCUUAUAGGCCUAUAUACGAUGACCCUGGCAGACUACAGUCUCAGCAAUGUGACUUUUGACAAAGCAGAAAGGUGGAAGAACACACUAAAACAGCUGGUUGCCUCUUGUAACCAGACUGAACCUCUGGAAGUCAUGAUGCCGCAGCUGGAAGAAUUCAUCCUGGUGGCUAGGAGGUCUUGGUUUGCUACCACCAUCUUCGCUAGUCUCAAUUCUGUGGCCUAUUGCUUCCAUGUCUUGGCCUGUUACAGAAAACACUUAAAGCGGCUGUGGAGGGGACAGAAGACUUUUCUUCCUGAGAGGUUUCGCAACCCCAAAUCUGCUCUCAGCGUAGCUUCCAUUGCAAGAUACUCUGGUUGGCAAAUAGCGUUUACACUGUGGGGCUACCUGAUUGUCCAUUUUAUCCACUUCCUGUUUGCUCUGCUGUUCGUCUAUGCGCUGGUUCUUCCCAUACAGCAUGGAAAAGCACUGAGCAUGCUCAGCAACCUGGGGCUUAUACUUUUGACCAUCACUCUGGUCAUUGCCCUGGUUUUCCUCCAGAUAGCUCUGGUUCAGAUCUUCUUCCUUCAGGACAAAAUGUCUCCAACUGAUAAGCAGAAACCUCUGGCUAUCAACAACAGGAAGGCAUUCCACUGCUUCAACUACUUCUUCUUUUUCUACAACGUAGUGAUGGGGAUCAGCAACUGCAUAAUGAGGCUGGUGUUCAGCAUUGUGACAGGAACGUGGCUAGUGUCUCGCAUAGACCGGACCAUUAUGCAGAGAGGAUAUGAAAACUUGGAUGCUGGCUAUGGUACUUGGAUUGGGAUGAUCUUUGCUGACCACUACCAUAAUAAUCCAGUCAUGGUGUGUUUCUGCCAGCUGCUGGUCUAUCACAAGCUGGAGAGCCACACUGCAUCUAUAUACUCAACAUUCAACAACCUGCAGUCCGAAUCCCCUGUGAAUAGCCGGGCCAGGACGCGUUGGAUGUUGGCUUAUUCCCUACUGCGGAACCCUCAUCUGAUCCUGCUUAGGAAGCACCACCUCUCACAAUCUUCAUCAGUACAGUCGGACACAGUGGUGCAGGCUUGUGUCAUGGCUUCUCAAUCAAAGGAAGUUUUGCUACCAGAGAUCGUAGUCACACCAGCAGAAGAGUCUUAAAGAAAAAUUUUACAUAGAUUUUCAUCUUGUUGUGACCAUGUGGUGUUUUCGAUACGUUUUUUUCAUCUGACGAGUUAUAAUCUGAUUAAUGUGAUCCAUUCGUCCUUAGGAGAUUUGACUUAAGGAAACUGUGAGAACCUGUAUUGUAGAUUGACUGUUUAAGUCAAGUUAUGUUUUGAACUGCUGCACAGUAUAUGGACACGGUCAAGGUUAACUGUGGACCUUUGUACAUAAUCACAACAACCUCUCUGCCACAUAUUCUACUAACGGAUGUGGUGCACUACAGCUGGCUGUUUAUCAGCCUAAAUAUGUUUAAUUUAUUAAAAUCAUGUGAGCCACACCAUA